AUGGCACCCCGCGAACUUCACACGGUCCUGAGCACGGUUGCGUGGGAGCAACCUGAAAUCGAUGUCCUACGUGAGCUUUGUCAACCUGCCGAAUUCAUUCAGUGCAAAGCAGACGACAAGGCAAGCAUCCAAAAUGCGCUGAAGUCGGCCAAUAUUGCUAUCCUGGCCAGCGAUAUCGAAUCGUACAUGCUCGAUGCACCACGUCUUGCAUGGAUACACUGCGAUCAUGCGGGACUGAAUAAAUCUGCACGCCCGGAAGUGCUGGAAAAUAGUUUUGUCGUUACAAGUUCCGCAGGCAGGUCUGCACCGGUGCUCGCGCAGCACGGUUUCUUCUUUGCUAUGGCACUAGCAUACGACACAAGAUCCUUGUUAGAGAGACAAACAGAACGGGCAUGGGAGAAAGGUCGAGAAGAUUUCAGGUUGCGUGGUGCAUUAUGGGGACGUAAAUUGGGUAUCCUCGGUUACGGAAAUACUGCUCAGGAGAUGGCUAAACUGGGCCACGCUUUUGGGAUGCACGUCACGGUGCUGCGGAGGAAGAAGCCAAAAAUGGAGAGAGAAACUCCAAUCGAUGUGGACAUUAUGCUCAGCGAUGAGGAGGGAGCGACGGUUGAAGCGCUCCUUGACUGCGACGUCAUAAUGAUUGCAUGCAGUUUGACAGACCGAACUCAUCACCUGUUUGGCGCCAAAGAAUUCACGAGAAUGAAGCCAAGUUCGGUAAUCAUCAAUAUGGGCAGAGGGCCGAUCGUCGACGAAGAAGCUCUGUUACAUGCUCUCACCACUGGACAAAUCGCUGGUGCUGGACUCGAUGUGUUUGAGGUUGAACCAUUGCCCAAAAAGUCUCAGUUGUGGGACCUGCCUAACGUCUAUAUCACCCCACACUCUACGCCUGGCAUGCCCAACCGUACAGGUCGCUCAAUCGAAAUAAUCUCGGAGAACAUCCGCAGAUUCAAAGCGGGUAAGCCGAUGCUGAAUGAGUUACAUAGAGACGAUGUGUACACGAAAAAAAGUUGA